AUGAACGUGAAGCUGGCACUUACCUGUGCUGCGGGUGUAGCGAUCCUGGUGCCUUCCAUCGUCCUGCAAGUGUCCUCCUAUUGGCAGGUUGCGGUGGGGCGUCCAGAGAUUUCUGCACAGCCAGCUGGGGGAUUUGCAAACGUGGACCGAACGUUCAUCGAUCACAGCAACGCGAUGGCUUCAAGGGCCAACGAGACGGGGGUAUUCUCCAACUCGACUCUACUAAGCCAGCUGGUUCAUCCACCCCCAGAAUUUGCCCCCAGAGAAAACUGGACCCAACCACUCUUCGCUGACUUCACUAUUGUCGGCUUGCCGAAGGCUGGGACGUCGCAGCUGUAUGCGAUUCUGACAUCGCAUCCUCAAAUGGCGCCCUUCCAUCCGACGAAGAAAGAGUUGUGUCCCCGGGUGUGGAUUAAUAACUUCGUCGCCCGAGCCUGCUUCUUGUAUGGGGACCGAGCUCAGGAACUGCAGCAUGCGCCUGAGCGCUUAACUGUCAACGCCUGCCUUCACUACGACAUGUUGGAGAUGCUUUCGGUUUAUUCGCCGCCUCCGGUCAAAAAGCGGUUCCUCUUUCUUUUCCGGGACCCCCCCUCGUGGUUAUGGGCGUCGUACAACUACUGGGCGUGGCGUGACCUCGACGCAGAUGUCUCGAAGAUGGGCCGCCAGACGAGACCGCAGCAGCACCACCGCUCGCCAGAACUCUUUCACGAGCUGAUCCUUGGGGGUAGUCGGCUGCUGGCAAGCCGAUGGUGGCUGAACUUUCGAAACUUAAGUGUGGAUGUCCCGAGAAGCUUGUUGUCAGUGAUGGGCCGGCAGCAGGUACUUUUCCUGAGAAGAGAGGAUUUGAUGUCAAGUGAGGUGUCCAAAACUGGAGGCCUGCUGGACAAGCUCAGCGUAUUCACCGGAGUAGACCGUGCAAGCUUCAACCCCAAGGUGUAUUCGGCCAGGCACAACUGUGGCAACGCAAGGGGGGCAAAGGUCACAUGCAAUGAGAGCAUGGUGGAUGGCCUGUACAAAAUCAGCGGCUGGCGCCCGAUGCUACCACAGACGCGGCCGCUCAUCUACCUUCAGUUCUGGGAGGAGUGCGAGUUUUGGGCAGCUGAGCUGAGCAUCGUGUACUCGGACUGCUUGAACAUCAUGACCUUGUACCCAUAG